ACGGGCAUUUUCACUUGCUUCUAGGUACAGGAUGUAUCGAAAGAGUCAAACCACCGGGUUUCCAUCGCUAAUUACGAUAUUCUCAGCGCCCAACUAUCUGGAUGUUUACAACAACAAGGCAGCUGUUCUCAAGUACGAGAACAACGUGAUGAAUAUUCGACAGUUCAACUUUUCGCAGCAUCCAUACUGGCUACCCAACUUCAUGGACGUUUUCACGUGGUCGUUGCCGUUUGUCGGCGAGAAGGUAACAGAAAUGCUCGUCAACGUGCUCAACAUCUGCUCGGAUGAUGAGCUGGUGUCCGAUGGAGAUGACGCACUUGAAGAAGGUGAGUCUCCCAUUCAUUUUCCUCUAGUUGUUUGCCUACAUUUGAACGUGCUGGAUGUCCAGUAAAGUGAUGUG